AUGAAUCGCUGCUCUAACGCAAAUUUUGGGUCAUCGCGGACAAUGAUGCUUCAAGCUUUCACGGGUAGACUGGUGUCUAAAAAACUAGAGACGGACUCUUCGUUUGAAAAGAAACCAUUCCUACUCUUCAGUUUGCUCUGCGAAGAUAGAAAUCCUGUUAAGUUUCGUGCCAUUAGCGGAGAUGCGCUUUUUCUCAACAAGAUGCUCACAUUAAAUCAUGGCUAUGAAAUAAACAAUGUCAACUGUGCCGGAAUGUCAUAUCUAGUGAAAAGAAGCCAAGUCCAGGUGUCCAGAAAAGUGACUGAAAUUCCCAUGCUGGCCUUCUCAUUUAGGAGCUUGAAACGAGUGAAUGAGUGGGAGGAGACAGAUCAAACCUAUGGAGACAUCAUAGCUUUGGUUGAAGAUGGUCCUGUGGAGAAGCCAAACCAGUGUCUCAAACUGUAUGUAGACCUAAAUCUAAUGGCACCAGAGCUAGGAUCUAAAACGGUGUCUGUUGAGUUAUUCAAGCAAGAUCUCCCGGAUUUCAAUCCUCCAGCCAUAUUGGUGAUAACCAGUGUCAAGAAAAACGAAUUUCUGGCAAAAGCUGCCCUUAGAUGCACUCAUGAGACUCAAAUCAUAGUCAACCCUUACUGGUUGGACGAAUUUCAUGAACUGUAUCACUGGAAGUGGGGUUCACCGAGUAAUAAGUUACACAUUGAGCUUGGAUCUUUUUCUGAAGCAAAGUUUUUGCGCUCAUUUUGGGUCUCUUUGGAUGCUGUUAUGAAUUGUGUGGUCAUCACGAACAUUGGCCAGGUCCACAUCUACUGCACUCUUUGCAAUAAACCUCUCAUAUCAUUAAGUAAUGGAUGCUCUGGAGGAUUGUGUCAUUUGCGCAAUUAUAAUUUCUCCGUAGAGGUUAAAUUAUCUGAUGGACACGCCAAUCUGGAUGCACUCCUCUUAAAUAGGGUUGUCUUCAAAUUGACUGGAUUUGAUCCUGAGAAAAAGGUGUAUGAUUGGAUAGUGAAACUCAAAAUACAGAAGCUGCUAUUUGUGCCAUUGAAUGUACUCUUAAGCUUUCCUUUUAAUAGUCCAUGUGACAAGAAGGCCCUAACUGUGGUGGACGCUGAAAUACAAACCUGAGAAAUUUAACCAGUUUAAACACCCCUGAAACUGUACAGCAUUG